AUGUUCACUUUGUCGCCGACGCAAGUCUACACAGCGUGCUUCUGGGUGCGCACCACCAUAGCCGGAGGAGCCGAAGUGCCUAUGAAUCUUAUCGCAGAGACUAACUACCAAUGGAUGACCGGAAGCAGCGUCACGGUCUGCGUCCCCAGCUUCACGCCCAACAACUCAUCCCGAUUCUAUUACACGCUGGACUUUGGGCUGCUCACGGGCAGCGUCUUCGUCGACGACUUUACGUUGGAGGCCACCCGUAACACGGCCCCCGAGGACGCGAUCUACUGCAAUGCGACCAACGUGGCCGCGCGAAUCGAAGCAUAUCGCAAGGGCAACUUCACAUUUACAUUUGUGAACAGGUCCACCAAUGCGGUUCUUCGCAAUGCCAAGUUGACGUCCUUGAAGAUUCGCCUGGCCAUGCACGACUUCCCGUUUGGCUCGGCCAUGGAGUGGUCCGGUAUACCGAAUAACCUGAAGAGCUGGUACAACAACACCGCCAAGAAACACUUCAAUGCGCUAGUGCCGGAAUGGUCGUUGAAAUGGCCGUCGUAUGAACCGAGCAGAGGAGUUUAUAACAGCAGCUUCAAUUACAUCAACAAAAACCACAUCGAUUUUGCCACGUCCAACGAUUUUGUCCUGGCACGAGGCCACACACUGGAGUGGUACAUCUCAUCCUGGGGCUUCGCAACUCACUGGUCACGACAGGAUGGUUGUGACAACUACCGAACUUACCUGCAGACCAGGAUUACUCGCGAGGUCACUGCCUUCAGGGGUAAGUUUCAGCAUUACGACGUCUUCAACGAGGUGAUCCACGAGCUUGAUUUCGUGAAGGACUGCCCCGGAAUGUGGCCCGGGAUUCUGUACGACGGAUUCCGCUGGGCCGCCGCCGCCGACCCCACAGCGCAGUUGUGCCUCAACGACUAUGGCCUCAUCACUGAAGACGACUGGCGCGCGUUUGUGCAGCUCGUGCGCGAUAUGAAGUCGCAGGGGGUGCCGAUUCAUUGCAUCGGUGUGCAGGCUUACUUGACAACUCAGAAUCUCCGUACACCUGUCUACAUGAAACCACGUCUGGACGCGCUCGCCGCGCUCAACCUGACCAUGCUCAUCACAGAGUACAACUUCUGGUCCUACUGGGCCAACGACACACCCAUCUGGAGCGGUACGGAGGCUGAGCAUGCCGCGCUGCACAACGAGUACGUGCGCUUCUGGUUCAGCGUGCCGUACAUCAAGGGCAUCUUGAUGUGGGGCUUCUGGGACACGGGCAAUUGGAUAUUAAACGGCGGAAUCUACUAUCCCAACACGACUGCCAAAGCCUCGGCUCGGACUCUCGCCACACUGUGGGUAGCGUAUCACACAAUCGCUGCCAACCGUGAUAUCGCUGCCAAGCGCGAUAUCGCUGCCAAGCGUGAUAUCGCUGCCAAGCGUGGUUUAUUAGCAUGCCGUGAAACAGUACGACAGUCUUCCGGAAUCGGCCUUGUCUUCCCGGGCUUGUUCUUCGUGCACCUAGUUCCCGCGGCCGUACAACGAAGCAAGAUCAGGAUGGCUGCGGCGCAAUCCAUGAAGCAACAACCACAACAGCAGCAACAGCAGCAGCCCAGGGUAUUGUAUCGGCGGCCGACUUCGGUGGGGGUUCCCGGUGCCCCGGAUGAAUGCAAAAAAUGCGCUUAUUGUGUCAUACGGUUGUACAACAGGGCUGCGGAUGAGCGAUCCGUAUCGCAACACGUGGUGUGGGCCAAGGACGCCGGGACACCGUUGGCAAGGCCCGCACCCAGGCCAAUGUCCGCAGGAUCCGCCGCUGCAGCGGCAGCGGCGGCUGCCGCCGCCGCCGCCGCCGACGGCGGCGGCUCUACCGCCGUCGCAGCCGCCUCCGGCGGCAGCGGCGGCGGCAUCCGCGUUUUUGGCGGCUCCCCUAGCCUCAACGCCGCCGCCGCUGCGCUGGCAGAGCGUCAAAAUACCGCCGUGGACGCGGCGGCCGUGGCUAGACCACCGCAAUGCAGGUGCUGCGGUCGUGACGGCGGCGGCGGCGCUGGCGGCGUGUCGCCCAGCAGCAUCGGCGGUAACCGUAAGGACGUGGAGGGGUUGUCGGAGGAGGUCUGGAAGCUCCGCGCAGAUCUGGUGGCGAGUCAGGAGCAAAACCGUUUACUCAGGACGGAGCGACAGCGGCUGGAAGAGGAGCUCAGUCGUUGCCGUACAAGUCUGAUUAAGGCCGAGGAGGUGCUCAACACCCGGGAACGUACCCUUAGUCCGAACAGCCUGGUGGGCAAGCUGAAGGAGCAGCUGGCGGCUCACCAGGCCCAGGCGGAGUCUCUGAAGUCGCAACUGGACCAGAUCAUGCGGGGGACCCGGGCCACCCGGGUUUCGGAGCUACAGGCGGAGGUUCGCGCCCAGGAGUGUGAGCUGGGUCGGCAGGCGGAGUUGCUCCGAGUCAUGAGGAAGAGGAUGGAGGACGCGGAGGCGCGGACGGCAGAGGCACUGAACAGAUGCGACACCAUGGAGCGACUAGCCAGGAUGCAGGGGCCCCUGGCUGCCCUUCAACAAGCAGUAUCAGAUAGCGAAAACCAGCUCAAGGGAGGACGGCCACGGCCACGGACUCCGCCACGGCCGCCGCCGCCACCGGUGAAGCAGCAGCAGCAGGAGGAGGAGCAGGCGGCGCUGCAGGCUGCCCUGGGGCCAAUCCUAGGGGUGCGGGGAUAUCGGGGGGCGGAAAGGUCGGGUGAAGAAGACCAUGGCUGCAAUGGCGGAGGCACACCGGGCACUACUUAG